AUGGACGGGAGUCUGUUUGUGCUGCUUCUGCUGUCAGGGCUCUUCUGUUCUGCUCUUUCUCGUCAGUAUCAUUAUAUAAAUGUGAGAAUGUCGUGGCCAGAGGCUCAGAGUUACUGCAGAGAGAGAUUCACUGAUCUAGCUACUGUAGACAGCAUGAAUGAUGUGAACAGGCUGGUAAAUAUAGUGGAUGCUGGAUACAGUGGAUCAGUGUGGAUUGGACUGAAGAGGGGGACACAGAAACGCUGGGGUUGGUCUAAUGGAGAAAACACAAUUUCUCAGUACUAUAACUGGGCUUCAGGACAGCCAAAUGGGGAUGGAGAUUGUGUAGCUACAUUUAACGGUGUUUGGCAUGAUAUGUCAUGUGACUAUAAGCGAUAUUUUGUGUGCUAUGAAAACGAUUCAUACUUUAUGGUAUCAAAUGCUAAAAUCUGGACAGACGCUCGGAGCUACUGCAGACAGCAUUACACAGACCUGCCCACCAUCCACAACUCUAAGGAAAAUAACCAGAUAAAUAAGAUUAUUUUAUCUGGAUGGUACAUCUGGAUUGGUCUGUUCCUGGACUCUUGGGAAUGGUCUGAUCAGUGGGAUCUGAGAUUCAAACACUGGGCAGCAAACCAGCCAUCCAUGAGUUUUGAUAACUGUGUUGGCAUGUCAACAACCGAUUCUGGGAAAUGGUUUCAGCAGAGCUGUGAUCUACAGCAGCCUUUUGUCUGCUAUGGAGGUGACUUUCCCCCAGUUAACAGAUAUGUAAAUGUGAAAAUGUCGUGGCCAGAGGCUCAGAGUUACUGCAGAUCGAAGUACACUGAUCUGGCUACUGUAGACAGCAUGAAUGAUGUGAACAGGCUGGUAAAUAUAGUGGAUGCUGGAUACAGUGGAUCAGUGUGGAUUGGACUGAAGAGGGGGACACAGAAACGCUGGGGUUGGUCUAAUGGAGAAAACACAACUUCUCAUGCCCAGGCCUUCAAUACCAAUUUACCAGUUUAUGAACCUAAGUAUGACAUGGCUUGA